UUUGCAUUAAAAUAGGAGUAUGAAGAGCAGAUCCAAGUGAAUAUCAGGACCAUUUCACCAUAUCGCGAAUGAUUCUUCAUCUGAUAAUGAACAGAAGGAGAAGUGAUUGAUCUCAAAUGAUGAUGAACAUUGUAGGUAGACGAAGUGUGUAAACAGGGUUGAAUUUUAUGAAGGGAUGAUGUGGAUUAUCAUUUCAUGGCUGACUGGUAUGGUGUUCUUCGGAUUGUUUCAAGGAUCACUCUCAGCAAACGGCCUGAAGUGGGUUCGUGUGAACAUACCCCAGUUCAGAAUGCCAGGAGAAUCAGCGGUUCUUCAAUGCGAUUACGAUUUGGGUGGAGAUGCUCUCUACGCUGUCAAGUGGUACAAGGAGCACGAAGAGUUUUACAGAUACUUACCAAAGGCCAGCCCUCCAGCGACCUCUUACAAAGUGGACGGAGUACACGUUGAUCUUUCCAAAUCGGACACCACAAAAGUGACCCUCCACUCUGUUGGUUGGAGGACGAGCGGUCUCUUCAGAUGCGAAGUGUCAGCAGAAAAACCCUCAUUCGCUUCAGCUCAAAGUGAAUCCAGAAUGGAUGUUGUAUCACUACCUGAAGAAGAUCCGGUGAUAACAGGGGUGGAGCCACAGUAUCAAAUCGGAGACGAGAUAAAUCUGAACUGUACAUCAGGUGGAAGUCAUCCUGCAUCUAUUUUGCAUUGGUACAUAAAUGAACAGCAAAUUGUCACACCGGCAUCUUUGGUGCGUUACCCCAACACUUUACACAAGCACGGUCUGGUUUCCGUGACGCUAGGGCUGAAAUUCAAUCUCAGCAGUCGACAUUUCUUGGGUGGCUCUAUGAGAGUCAAAUGUGUUGCUUCUUUAUCUCCAGAACUCUGGAGAGGAGACAGAGAAAGCGUGGUGCAAAGCACAUCCAUAAAGGAUAUGAGGGAAGCUCUUCUACUUGGUGAGUGGACCACCCUCAUCCAAUAUUCCCAUUAUGUGAGGAGCUCAACAUAUAGGAAUUCAUCUUCAUCAAUUACCAUUUUACUUUUAUCUAUAGUAAGCCGUUGGAUAUGUCUCUCUAUAUGAUGAAGUGAACUUUGAGAUGCUGAAAUAUGAGGAAUGGUGAAAUUUUUUAGUGCAUUUGUGAUGAUUGUAUUAAAGCGUGUAGACUGAACGAUAACGAUAUUUUGAACUCAAACCGAAAGAGAAAUAUUAUAAAUGAUGUACAUCCAAUGUUUAUUUAAUGUCAUUGAUAAUCUAUUUUACAUGAGUUUGCAUUGACUAUGUAGGUUCAUUCUGAAUAGUGCAACCGAUUUCGAAAAUUCUGGGUUUUUAGCUGUGUUGCUGGGUUGAUUUUGAAUGAAGGAGUUUUCCAACGCUGUUGAAAUAUUGGCCGAUAAGGCUUUCAUUAAAAAUGGAAGAAUAUUCGAUUAUUUCAAUAUAGCAGUUAACUGUGAUUUU